AAGCACUCAUCGCACUCUGCGCACUCCACUUCUCUACGAUGUCGACAUCUUCACCCACCUGCGAAUCGCCUGGCGCUGUUGCACGCCACCUGAGACGUCGUCAACAAGCUCCGUACCCGCUGACGCCGCCGUUCACGGCACGCAUGACUCCCCAUGACGAAAACUGCAAUCCGUCAACACUUUCCGUUGACACGCAGCUGAAGGAGGUCAAGGAUGAGCUGGCGAACCUAAGGCAGGACAUUGGUGGAAUGCGGUCAGACAUGGCAGCAAUGCACGAGGCCGUGCGGGCCGCCUCCCAUGUGUCCCCACUGUCACGCAAAUCAAUUGUGACUCGCCGUUUGGGCCGCGCCCCUUCCUUCUCUGCCGACGAGGUUGAGACCAGCAAUGUGGAGGAACGCCGUCAGCAGCAGGCAAUUGAUUUCAUUGCCUCGCGUCGACGUGAUCACAAGGAGUCGAGGAGGAUUCGGGCAGAGAUUCGGCAUAGUCCUGCAAGUUGGCGACGUGUUCCCAAAACGAAGGUCAUGCCCGUUGACACAACUUCACAUUGGGUUUUCGGAGCACCGUGGAAACACGGUGAUUCUUCACGACACUGGGAACGAUCCAAUGUUCCGCAAUUUCGAUGCUAAUCUCUGACGCUUUAUCUCGGACGAGUUCCCGGAUGUGUACAUGAGCGCGGAGGUGCAAAUAGAGGUCGAAAUGUACCACUGUCUCUACAUUUCCUUCCAGUUUCGGGAGGACUGGACCGACUGCGAAGACAUCCUGCGCUGCCAUCCCAACUGGUACAAUCAGGGCCCGCGAUACAACUCAAUUCUCAUCCACUCGGAUGGUCCCGGUCUACUGCCUGCUCGAUUAUGCGGACUGUUUCGAUGCCGAUUGCCGUCAGGCCUUACUGUGGAUCUGGCGCUGGUGAAGACAAUGAAGCCCCACCAUUGGAAGCCUCGAACGACGUGGGAUGGCUGUCUCGUCUUCGACGAGGCAAAGGAGAUCUCUUUUCUCCGCCUUGAAUUUGCGAUCCGAGGCGCCCUGAUGUAUCGUAGCCCCGCUAAGACACCAGCACGUACCAGUGUCCACUAUCUUGUUGAUACAGUUGACGCAGACAUGUUCUUGCGCGCGCUGAACUCAGUAGAGCUUGUCUGUUAUUGAAUACUACACUUUUGAAAACACUGCCUUAUCGUUCCC